AUGGCAGAUUAUAAACUUUUGGAUAUCGAGCGGCGCGGUGACGUCUUCCUCGUCACGCUAAGCAACGGCGACGACAACCGGCUCAACGUGGCGCUGUGCCAGGAGAUUAUCCACUUCUUGAGCUAUGCUCGCAAUGAGUUCGGCCAAGGGCCCGGUGCCCUUAUCGUGCGUGGCAACAAUGCCAAGUUCUUCACCAAUGGCGUGGAUUUGGAAGAGGUCGCAAAGAACCCCUACGCUGGUCCGGAUGGGUUCUACCCGCUCCUCCACGCCAUCCUCGACUUCCCCUUCCCCACCAUCGCCAUGGUCACCGGCCACACCUUUGGAGGCGGAUGCCCCUUCUCCCUCGCCUUCGACUACCGGAUCAUGAACGUCGAGCGUGGCUUCUUCUGCAUGCCUGCCGUGGACUUGGGGAUGCACUUCCCCGGCAUCGGCUCGCUCCUCAAGUCGAAGCUGCCGCCCCAGACCGCGCGCAGGGUGCUCCUCGAGGGCCACCGAUUCACGGGUAAGGAGGCGCUGGAGGCGGGGAUCGUCGAUGCUGCCGUCGCGCCGGAGAAGAUGCUCCCGCUCGCGCUCGAGUGGGCUGAGAAGUGGAAGGGGAAAGCGGCCGCGGGGGUGUACGGGUUGUUGAGGGAGGAAUUGCAGCUGGAGCCGAUGGCGAGGUUACGGAACACUAGCAUCAAGAUUUCAAUCACAUUUUUCGUGAUCGUUAUAGCCGCGGGCCUGUGA